AUUUCGCAGGUGGCACACGUUCUAACCAGCGCGGAUAUUGCGGUUGUAUCUUGUGGAUUGCCUCGGCGAAUACAAUACAUAUAAGUUGUUCCGUACGGGUUGUGCCAGGCAAUUGUUAAAACGUAUAUAAAAUUCAAAUUCUUAGUCCCUUCAACUAAGCCGGUCACAUGAAAUUUCAACGUCCAUUGUGCCAGCGAGUUGAACAAUUGCACACGUUUCUAUGCGCCGGAAUGCAAGAAUUUUUUGUGCGUGUUUAUUUUAAGCUCUUUGACAUGGAGCCAAAGUUUUGAGGGAGUUCCAAACUGGACUGUACAUGGAAUAUUAAUUGUGCUCGGCUUUUUGUUAAGUGAAUUGUAAAAUAGAAAACAAAGACACUAAAAACCAGCAUGGGUCGCAAAAAAAAGCUGCCGACAGGCAUAUCGUCUGGAGGCAACAACUCCGCCAACGCCCCCAAAACGGUGGGCGGGUGCUGUGUGCCACUGGGAUUACCACAACCUUUGCUGCUCGAGGAGAAAAAGUUCCUGCUGGCUGUGGAGCGGGGAGACAUGCCGAAUGUGCGCAGGAUUCUGCAGAAGGCGCUGCGCCACCAGCACAUCAACAUCAACUGCAUGGACCCCCUGGGUCGGCGGGCCCUCACCCUGGCGAUAGACAACGAGAACCUGGAGAUGGUAGAGCUGCUCGUCAUCAUGGGUGUGGAGACAAAGGACGCCCUGCUCCAUGCCAUCAAUGCGGAGUUCGUGGAGGCGGUCGAGCUGCUCCUCGAGCACGAGGAGCUCAUCUACAAGGAGGGUGAGCCCUACAGUUGGCAAAAGGUGGAUAUAAACACGGCCAUGUUUGCUCCGGAUAUCACGCCCCUGAUGCUGGCUGCCCACAAAAACAACUUUGAAAUAUUACGUAUACUCUUGGAUCGCGGGGCAGCAGUGCCCGUGCCACAUGAUAUACGUUGCGGUUGUGAGGAGUGCAUGCGUUUAAUGGCCGAGGACUCGCUGAGGCACUCCCUUUCCAGAGUCAACAUUUACCGGGCUCUGUGCAGUCCUUCGCUGAUCUGCUUGACCUCUAAUGACCCGAUCCUGACGGCCUUCCAGUUGUCCUGGGAAUUAAGGAACCUGGCUUUGACCGAGCAGGAGUGCAAAGCAGAGUACAUGGACUUGCGGCGACAGUGCCAAAAGUUUGCGGUGGAUCUUUUAGAUCAGACAAGGACCUCCAACGAACUGGCCAUUAUCCUGAACUAUGACCCGCAAAUGUCGAGCUAUGAGCCGGGAGACAGAAUGAGCCUGACACGACUGGUCCAGGCCAUAUCCUACAAACAGAAGAAGUUCGUUGCCCACUCGAAUAUUCAACAAUUACUCUCAUCGAUUUGGUACGAGGGUCUCCCCGGUUUCCGGCGCAAGAGCAUUGUGGACAAGGCCCUGUGCAUCGGCCAGGUGGCGGUCCUGUUCCCACUCUACUGCCUUAUCUACAUGUGUGCCCCAAACUGCCGCACGGGGCAGCUGAUGCGCAAGCCCUUUAUGAAAUUUCUGAUACAUGCCUCCUCCUAUUUGUUUUUCCUAUUCAUUCUAAUUCUGGUCUCGCAACGGGCGGAUGAUGACUUUGUCCGCAUCUUCGGCACGGACAGGAUGAAAAAGGAGCUGGCCGAGCAGGAGCUGCGACAACGUGGCCAGGCACCCACCAAGCUAGAGCUCCUCGUCGUCCUUUACGUGAUUGGCUUCAUGUGGGAGGAGGUCCAGGAGAUAUUUGCCGUCGGCAUGAAGAACUAUUUACGCAACAUGUGGAAUUUUAUCGACUUUCUACGCAACAGUCUCUAUGUGAGUGUCAUGUGUCUGAGAGCCUUUGCCUACAUCCAACAGGCCACGGAAAUAUCCAGAGACCCCCAGAUGGCGUAUAUACCCCGAGAAAAGUGGCACGACUUUGAUCCUCAACUGAUUGCCGAAGGCCUCUUUGCGGCGGCCAAUGUUUUCUCGGCCUUGAAAUUGGUCCACAUGUUCAGCAUCAAUCCGCACCUGGGACCUCUGCAGAUCUCGCUGGGCCGAAUGGUCAUUGACAUUGUGAAGUUCUUCUUCAUCUACACGUUAGUGUUAUUCGCCUUCGCCUGCGGUCUCAACCAGCUCCUGUGGUACUUUGCGGCGCUGGAGAAGAGCAAGUGUUAUGUCCUGCCAGGCGGGGAGGCCGAUUGGGGCAACCACGGCGACUCCUGCAUGAAAUGGCGUCGCUUUGGCAACCUUUUCGAGUCCUCGCAGUCGCUGUUUUGGGCCAGCUUCGGAAUGGUCGGCCUGGAUGACUUCGAGCUCAGUGGCAUCAAGUCGUAUACGCGAUUUUGGGGACUGCUCAUGUUCGGCUCGUACAGCGUCAUCAACGUGAUUGUUCUCCUCAACCUACUGAUUGCCAUGAUGUCGAAUUCGUAUGCCAUGAUUGAUGAGCACUCAGACACUGAGUGGAAAUUCGCUCGCACCAAGUUGUGGAUGAGUUUCUUUGAGGAUAGUGCUACUCUACCGCCUCCUUUCAAUGUCCUGCCGUCGGUUAAAUGGCUGAUCAGGAUGUUCCGCAAGUCUAGCAAGGCCAUCGAUCGUCAGCGCUCUAAGAAGCGACAGGAGCAGGAGGAGUACAGCAAAUACGAUAAUAUUAUGCGUUCUCUGGUCUGGCGAUAUGUGGCCGCCAUGCAUCGCAAGUUCGAGAAUAAUCCUGUAUCCGAGGACGAUAUCAACGAAGUGAAGAGCGAAAUAAACACAAUGCGCUAUGAAAUGCUAGAGAUUUUCGAGAACAGCGGCAUGGAUGUCUCCUCGGCCAACAAGAAGGAUAAACAACGAAGACCUCGUCGCAUCAAGGUCUGGGAGCGACGUCUAAUGAAGGGCUUCCAGGUGGCACCGGUUCAGUCUAGUUGCGAGACCGAUGCCUUUGGAAAUGUCAACGGUCUGGGUGAUAUGAGGGAGAUCAAGGUGGAGUCCAUACCCUCCAAGCCGGCCAAGGAGACCGCCAAGGAGCGAUUCCAACGAGUGGCCAAAACUGUUCUCCUGCAAUCCACUGCCCACAAGUGGAAUGUGGUCUUGAAAGCCGCCCAGGACUCUCAGAUAGGACGAUGCACUCAAAACGAGAGGAAAAGCCUGCAGAAUCUGGGCAGAGCCAUUGAAGAGGCCAAGAGACUCAUAAUGCUGAAUCCUAAUUGUCCUUCCGGUCGGGAGUCACCCAUCCGCAUUGAAUUCGAGGACGAGAAGACCAGCACUCUGCUGGAUUUGUUGAAUCAAAUAAGUGAUGAAAUCUCCCACAAUGAGACACCCAAGAUCAAGACCAUCUGGCGGCCACCCAUUAAGUCCGUACCUGCCCGGGCCAUGGCCUUGAACAAUGGGAGAUCCUUGACAGCUCCUGAGCUGAAAGUCAGCAGGAAAGCAUCACCGGCUCCCACGCCAGGGCCUACUCCAGGAUCAUCGAUAAGCCAGUUGGCCAGACAGAGGGAGCUGCCUUUGUGUCCCAGCAAACUGGUGACUGAUUCAACUCCUGCUCCUCCUUCUAAUCCUGGUCCUUUGAAGAAGGCAGCCCCCUUGGCUCCGGCACCACCUCCCUAUAAAUCCAGCCAUACACCCUUUUCCGUAGAGGGUCGAGUUCAAGGCAAUAGUCGUACCUCACAUGGUGUGCCAUCUGGCCAUUCCAAUUUCGACAUCCAUGUGGUAGAUCUGGAUGAGACGACGGCCAGAGGGUCCUUGGCCAAGGACAAUGUGUCCGAUAUUAGCUCGAUUGCCAGUACGAGUCCCCAGCGGCCAAAACAUCGAAACUAAAUGUGAUUGUGGCAUGGACACGGGUGAUAAAUAUCCAAAGUAAAAGGUCCUUCCAAACAAAAAUAGAAACAAAAUACAAAAUCUUUAUUCUUAUAACUUUAUUCAUAUAUGUACAAAGAAAAAGAAUAAAACUAUUUAGGAAAAUUAAA